UUUUUACAUCUGGGUUUGUUUUAAGGGAAGAGUCGCGGGUUUUUGGGCGGGAGGCGUCGGUGGAAUUGCUUGGUGUGAGGGGCGUCGGCGGGUUGUUGUGUUGCCGCAAAUAUUGACGCAAAUCAGGCAAGUUGUUCAAGCGUGGUCGCCGCCCCGCCCCGCCGCCCCGCCCCGCCAAUCAGCACGGGGCUGUCGCAGGGGGCGGGGCGAGCCGUGACGGAGGCCGCUGAUGGGUGUGCGGGCCUCGGAGGGGAGGAGCCGCGGCAAGUAAAAUGUUGAGCGGACAGGUAGACGGUGAUCAGUUUGGAGGCCGUGCGGGAAGGUCGUGUGUGUCCCCGAGUGUCCCGCCCAGUGACUCUUCCGUUCCGCUUCCUCCCGCACGACGCGACGCCCUGAUGGUCAACCUGGGCUGCGGCGGCUCCUUCCAGGCCGGCAACAGCAGCAUGGACUCCGGCGCGCCCCUCAAGCACUCCUUCUCCAUCAGCUCCCUGCUGUCCGAGGCCGUCCUCAGCACCGCCCCCGAGGACACAGCGGAGCAGCAGGCGCGAGACGACGACCUCAGCCUGCAGGACUUCGAGAUGGCGGCGGCAGUGGAUGACGAGGACGAGGACAUCGACGUGACCGGCGCCGGGAGUCCCGCGGCGGCUGCCAUGUCAGACUCUGAGCCCGAGGAGGCCGAGAAGGAGGACAAGGAGGCCAAGAAGAAGGAGGGUGAGGAGAAGAAGAAGCCCGAGAAGCCACACUUCAGCUACAACGCCCUCAUCAUGAUGGCGAUCAGGUCCUCGCCGGAGAAGAGGCUGACACUCAGCGGCAUCUACGAGUUCAUCAUGAAGAACUUCCCGUACUACCGCGAGAACAAGCAGGGCUGGCAGAACUCCAUCCGCCACAACCUGAGCCUCAACAAGUGCUUCGUCAAGGUGCCGCGGCACUACGACGACCCCGGCAAAGGCAACUACUGGAUGCUCGACCCCUCGGCGGACGACGUCUUCAUCGGCGGCACCACCGGCAAGCUGCGCCGCCGCUCCACCGCCGCCUCCAGGAACAGGCUCGCCGCCUUCAAGCAGUCGCUGCUCGGCAGGUUCGGAUGCUACUCCCCGCUGGGCCUGGCGCCGUACGCCGCGGCAGCUGCGGCCGCAGGCCUUGGGGGUCCGCUGGGCAGCCUGCCCGGGGCCCUCACCUCGGGCCUCGCCUCCUCCACGCUGUACCAACAGGCGUCGGCAGCGGCCGCGGCGGCGGCCCUUUACCGCAGCUACCCACCCACCUACUACCCCACCCUGCUGCACGCCAGCCACAUGGGCCCGGCGGCGCCCCCGCCAGGGCCCCCGCCACCCGCUGCCCUGCCCAAGGCUACCACCCUCAGUCCGCCACCUCAGCAGUCAUCCGCCUUUAGUGUGGACCACCUGCUGUCUGACGCCGCGCACCCCACGAGCGCGCCGCCGCGGGGCCUGCUGGUGGGCCUGGGCGGCCUGUCAUCCCACGCCCAGCAUGACGCCUACCGCAACUCCCUCCUGGCGCAGGUGAGCGAGGCGAACCGCCGCGCCGCCCUGCACCGGCCAGUCACAGUGGUGGGCGGCAGGCCCAGCUAACUCCCGCCGCCCGCCUCGCCGGGACACCCGCCUCCUGGCGACGCCCGUGCCCCGUCCACCCAUCCGCCCACCUCGAGUCGCCCCCACGCCCCGCCUCCCCCAGCCGGCAGUGCUCCUCCCCCGCCACGCUUCCCCCACUCCCCCGCCGCCGCGCCUGACUCCCCGAGGACCAGCAGGUGACUGACUUGGUG